AUGGGAGAUCGGCCUCAGGGAGGCUUUUCUGUUGCCUCAACACACCAUUCAAUGCUACAAAGAGCACUUGGAAGCACUUUGUCAGCAAAAGAGUCACUGAUCUAUAGUUAUAGGAAGAGCUUUAAUGGAUUUGCAGCAAGAUUAUCAGAUAAAGAAGUUGCAAAGUUGUCAGAAAUGGAAGGUGUAGUUUCAGUCAUUCCAAACCACAAGCUAAAGCUUCACACAACAAGGUCAUGGGAUUUCAUGGGUUUCCACAAAGGCCAACUUGGAGCAAGUAUAGAAGGAGAAGUUAUUAUUGGGGUUAUAGACACAGGAAUCUGGCCGGAAUCUGAUAGCUUCAAUGACAAAGACUUUGGACCUCCGCCUCCAAAAUGGAAGGGUGUAUGCCAAGGCCCCAACUUCACAUGCAACAACAAACUCAUUGGAGCCCGAUUCUACAAUAGUGAAGACGAAUAUGAUAGCAGCGAGUUCCAUUCACCAAGAGACUCCAUAGGACAUGGAAGCCACACUGCUUCGACUGCUGCAGGCCGGGAGGUAGCAGCAAGUUACUUUGGGCUUGCUAAUGGGACGGCAAGAGGUGGUGUCCCCGGUGCUAGAAUCGCUGUGUACAAAGUUUGCUGGUUGUCAGAUUGUGCUACUGCAGAUAUCCUUGCAGCAUUUGAUGAUGCAAUAGCUGAUGGAGUUGACAUUGUAUCAACAUCACUUGGCUCUGAUGUUCCCAUCCAAUACCUAAAAGACCCGAUAGCGAUUGGGUCUUUCCACGCCAUGAAAAAGGGUAUAUUGACAUCAAGUUCUGCGGGAAACAGUGGGCCUUAUCCGGCAACUGUUAGCAAUUAUGCACCUUGGAUUUUGACUGUUGCUGCCAGCACCAUUGACAGAAGAUUUACUGCAAAAGCAGUUCUUGGGAAUGGGCAAGUUUACUCUGGAUUUUCGAUUAAUAAUUUUGACCUAAAUGGGAAGUCAUAUCCCUUAAUAUGGGGAGGAGAUGCUGCAAACAUCUCCAAAGGUGCAAGCUCAGAGUUUGCAGGCAAUUGUGUACCUAACACCCUGAGUUCAGACAAAAUCAAGGGAAAGAUUGUUUACUGUGAUUCCUUCUCGGAUGGUUCUGACAUUCGAAGAGCUGGCGGCAUGGGUAUGAUUAUGGUCGACUUUCCCACUGAUGUUGCAUUUAACUACCCCUUACCCUCAACACAGAUCACAAUAGAAGAUGGACAGAAAAUUUUGAACUAUAUAAGAUCAACAGAGAACCCCAUUGCAACAAUUCUGGUUUCUGAUCCUGAGCAUGAUAAGGAUGCCAUGGCACCAUCCAUUGCGUCCUUUUCUUCUAGAGGACCUAACCCUCUAACCCCGGAUAUUCUCAAGCCUGAUCUCACUGCCCCUGGUGUGGAUAUACUUGCUGCUUGGUCUCCUGUGGCACCACCUUCUGAGACCUUCUAUGAGGACACACGGAGCGUUAAGUACAACAUAAUCUCAGGGACUUCCAUGUCCUGCCCUCAUGUUAGUGGUGCUGCUGCCUAUCUCAAGGCUGCUCAUCCAAGAUGGUCUGCUGCUGCAAUCAAAUCUGCCCUCAUGACCACAGCUACUGUCCUGGAUUCAAAGAAACAUGCAGACCUUGAAUUCGCUUAUGGGUCUGGUCAGAUAAAUCCUCUGAAAGCAGUAAAACCUGGCCUCAUCUUCGACACAUCAGAAGCAGACUACAUAAAUUUCCUUUGCAAACAAGGCUACAACAACACUACAUUGAGGAUCAUCACUGGUGACAAGAACAGUAGCUGUGGCAGCACAAAGCCAGGUAAAGCUUGGGAUUUAAACUACCCCUCAUUCUCCCUUCAACUUGAAGAUGGCCAAGAGAUCAAAGCUGAGUUCACAAGAACAGUCACCAAUGUUGGCUCACCAAACUCAACUUAUACAAUUGCCUCAUUCUCACCCCUCUCCACAAUCACAGUUUCUGUUUCACCAUCUACUCUUUCUUUCUCUUAUGUUGGUGAGAAGAAAUCAUUUACUGUGAAGGUAACUGGUCCAAAGAUUUCACAGCAGCCAAUCAUAUCUGGUUCAAUUGUAUUGAGUGAUGGGGUCCAUCAGGUGAGGGCUCCACUUGUUGUCUACACAUUCCUGCCUGGUUCUAUUCAUAUCUCAUCCUCUGCCUUUCAGAACAAGAAAAGAUUCAAAGGUUCUUCCUUGUAUCACAGAAAUGGGAUGCUCAGGCACACCUAG